AUGUUUGAUAAGUUUGAGGCUAUCGACCUGAUAAACUCCCUCGUGUGGCUUGCCAGAAGUGAAGGGCACCAAAAAGCUGAGGAGUAUGCGGCUGCGCAAGACGAGAUUAGAGCAAGAAUGGAUUCUCUGGAUGUCCCACGGCUACAGCGCCUUUUUCUCUGGUUGUUAGGUGAUCCUGUGCGCACCAAGAUCGCCAAGGAAGCUUCCACCAUUUUGAAGGGCGUUACUGAAGAUUCUUCUCCGCCCCCUGGCUAUAGCCGUGCUGCGCUCAGACAGGCUCCUUACCCCAGCCGUCCAAGAUGUUUUGAAUGGGGUCAUGUCGCCCGUAAUUGUAAGCAGUUUCAAAACUUUAUCUCCGACACCAUAGUCGACUGGGUCUCCGCUGGUGUACUUGCGGUCUGGGGCAGAGUUGGAGAAGUCAUUUCCCCGCAUUUAGUCCUUCCCCUCACUGUGGAACCUUCAAAACCCCACCUCUGUCAUGACGAAAGAUUCUUGAAUUUGUGGAAAAGGGAUCUUCCCUUUAAGCUGGACAAUCUUCAGGACCUUCCCAGGUACGUUCUUCCUGGUCAUUUCCAAACGUCUUUCAACGAUGACUGGCUACCAACAUGUGCUUCUUCACCCUUCCGCGCGUACCUACUUUGGCUUUCAAUGGAAUUAUGCAUAUUUUUCGUGUUUUGCUCUCUUCCUUUCGGAUGGAAGGCCAGCGGUUACAUCUAUCACAAUUUGGGUCUCGCCGGCACAAGUGCAGCUGGCUCACAUGGGGUUCCUAUGUCCCAAUAUAUAGACGACCGUCAUGUUGGUCAGUUGUUCUGUUCCCCUGCCGAAUCCAGUCUACCUCCUAGCCGGAUUGCUGGCUGA